GGCAUGAGUGAACAGAGUCACGGGGGACCUUUCCGUACUCGGAAGCAGUAACGCAAGUAGGGAUAGAAGUAAACAUAUCCUAUGAGGAGGAAACGGGCUGCUAUGCGUGUGCGACGUAUUUCGGUCAUGGAAGACGUUUUUGGAACACUUAAUUCUUGGGAUCGCUUCUGUUUUAAAAAUGAAGAGAGAAACUACGAAUUGGGAAAAUAAAUGAACACACCGGAGUUAUCCGUGAAAUUUGAGCCCCUUUGGCAAACAACUGCCACACCUUCAUCAUCAGUGUAACAGGUCCUCUACACAACUGUCCAGAUGGGUUGCAGUUGCUGUAGGAUGAUAAAAAGUUACAUCUUUGACCCCUCAGUCCCUGUAGAUGUUUCUGGUCAUAAGCAGGACCUCACCAGCAGCUCUCUGUAUCAGUCUCACAGAUUCCCAGGGGAGGCAGACCACAUCGACAAAAAGCAGGGCGUCUGCAACCUGGGUUACAGCACCCAACCCAGCCCUUCUAAACUCGAAAUUGACAACAACCACAUAAACUGUCUCCAUGCUAAUAUUCCAGGUGAUCAGGUCAGGCCAAUCCCAGCCAGGAGUGACCCCAGCUUCUACAUCCUACAGCCUGAGGGUGAAGGAAUGCCUGUACAUGACAAAUCAAUGUUGGGCACGGAACCAGGCAAGCGAGAGGAGAGAUUUCGAGACUCUGGGCUGGGCGGAGGGGGGAUAAUAGAGGAAGAGGAGGACGACAGGAGGAGUAGAGUGGUCAGUACUCCAGACACAGCUGAUGCAGAAAGUGUACUGUCAGUGGAUAUGCACACAAGCAGCACUAGUCUCUCCUCAGUGGACAGCAAGCUUGAGGAUAGAGAUGAAAAAUAUCCUUCUAUAAUGACAGGACAGCAGGAGAGAGAGAAAGAGAUAGAUUGCCUAAGCAUUACAGACUCAAUGGUGGCCGAGGCCCUGGCUGCCCUGGAUGCAGCGACUGCAGGAGAGGACUGUGAGUGACAGAGCUGCUCCACCAAUCAGGUGAGAGAGGACGGCUCGUUCCUUAAUGGAGCUAUGGGAGAUUUCCAUACCUACGCACUCUCGCCCUCCUCAUUUGAAUAUAACCAAAAUAAUAGCUUUCAUAUAAGGAAGCUUCCCUACAGUCUUUCUGCUGGUGUUUUUUGACUGGAAAAUCUCUUCAAAUUAAGACUUGAAGACAGGAACUGCUGCUUGUAAGACUUGCUUGAGCAAAUGAAGGUUAUCUGUGAAUGUUUUGUCCUGCAAUUCAGUGGCAUGAACAAAUUCCACUCACAAAAGAAAUAGACCGGACUACUAUAGUCUCAACAGUUUCAGUUUCUUGCUUGUUAACACUGAAUGCAUCAUCAAUACUUUCAUAGAGCUUUAAGAAGACAGUUGAUUUAUUUUUUACAUACAAAAGUACAGUAAGAAGUGUAAGGAGAUUGUGGAUGAAUCUCACCAAAUCAUAAUUUGGCUAAUAUUUCACCCAAAAAUUAAAAGAAAGAAAAAAAUACUUUUGUAUUGUUUAUCUCAUAUAUAAUUAUUUUCAUGACAAUUAAGCACAUUUUGCACCCAAAUUCUCAUUACCAUAGUGCAUAAUGACAUUUUACUUUUCCUUGUUUCUUUUUUCUUCUUCUUUAAUUCUCAUUAUUGUCCGUGGUGAUUCGCAUUAUAUUCUCAUUACUUUUAUACAGUCAUUCUUUCUGCAUUAUAAUACAAAAUUAGUAUGAAACAAUGUUUUUAUUAAAAAAAAAAAUGCUAAGAUGAUUACACUUUUAUGCAUUACCAUAGUAAGAAUUUCUGCUCAAUUUUGAGGGAAAAUGUGCUUAAUUGUCAUGAAAUAUCAUAAUGCAAAAACUCUUAAUGAUGUCAAAAAUAGACUUUAUAUAAUUUCAAUGCUAUUUGUUUAUUUUUAUUAUUAUUAUAUAUAUUUGUUUUUGCUACAAUAUGACCCAAACACGUUUUUUGACAUUGAUAAAUUCUCAUUACAGUAAUGCACAGGACAUUUUACUUUUUGGGGGGGUUUUAAUUCUCAUUAUUCUCAAUAGUGAUUCACAUUAGAUUCUUAUUACUGUAAUACAGUAAUUUUUACUGUAUUCCAAUACAACAUUAUAAUAUAUAAACUGUAAUUCAUUUUUUUAUUAAAAUGAGAAUAAUUUAAAGGCAGUAAAACAAA